GUCAGUGCUGGUCCGAUGGCCAGGUUUUGCAUCUCCAGAGAUUUAGAAGACCUUUAAUAGUCCAGGGAUUCGGCUGCAGCUUCCCUAAAUCCUUUUCCCCUUCUGGUUCUGGCACCCUCUUCAAGAAUCGAGACAGGCAGAGACGCUUGAUAGCAGAGACCAACAUCUCCCUUUGCCCAGCCAAGAUGCAACGUUUUGAAGCUUGGCGUCGCUCUUUCCCGUUUCUUUCCCGCUUCCGCGUUUACAAGAAGCUGAGCUGUGGCAUGCAGGCCGAUGAAGGCACAGACUGGCUACUGGAGCUGUUGACCGAAGUCCAGCUUCAGCAGUACUUCCUUCGGAUCCGCGAUGACCUCAACGUCACUCGCCUGUCGCACUUCGAGUACGUUAAGAAUGAGGACUUGGAGAAAAUCGGAAUGGGGCGGCCAGGCCAGAGGCGCCUCUGGGAGGCCGUGAAGAGGAGGAAAGCUGUGUGCAAGCGGAAAUCCUGGAUGAGCAAGGUGUUCAGCGGGAAGCGGCCCGACUCGGAGAUGAUGCAGCCCCCGCCGCCGAGUCUUCUGAGCAAGCGGUCAAGCCCGGUAGCCCUCGAGGAGGUUCAGCAACAGGCCUUGACUUGCCUCAUCAGCGAGAAGGACCUGGUGCUGCUGGAGAAGCUGGGGGACGGCUCCUUUGGGGUGGUGCGACGUGGGGAAUGGUGCGCCCCAGCAGGCAAGGUGCUGAAUGUGGCGGUCAAGUGUCUGAAGACAGAUGUCCUGAACCAGCCUGAAGCUCUGGACGACUUCAUCCGUGAGGUCAACACCAUGCAUUCCCUGGACCACAUCAACCUCAUCCGCCUCUAUGGGGUGGUGCUUUCGAAUCCCAUGAAGAUGGUGACUGAGCUGGCCCCGCUGGGCUCGCUGCUGGACCGUCUUCGCAAGAACCUGGGGCAUUUCCUGAUUGCCACGCUCUGCCAGUACGCCAUCCAGAUUGCCCGCGGCAUGGCCUACCUGGAGUCCAAGCGCUUCAUCCACCGAGACCUGGCCGCCCGAAACAUCCUCCUGGCUGCUAAUGACCUGGUCAAGAUUGGCGACUUUGGGCUCAUGCGGGCCUUGCCCAAGAACAACGACCAUUACAUCAUGCAGGAGCACCGUAAAGUCCCCUUUGCAUGGUGUGCCCCAGAGAGUCUGAAGACACGCACCUUCUCCCACGCCAGCGACACCUGGAUGUUUGGCGUAACCCUGUGGGAGAUGUUCACUUACGGGCAGGAGCCGUGGAUCGGCCUUAACGGCAGUCAGAUUUUGCACAAGAUCGAUAAGGAAGGUGAACAGCUGCCCCGGCCAGAAGAUUGUCCCCAGGACAUUUACAACGUCAUGUUGCAGUGCUGGGCACAUAAACCAGAAGAUCGACCCACCUUUGUGGCUCUGCGGGACUUCCUCUUGGAGGCCCAACCCACGGAUAUGCGAGCUCUGCAAGAUUUUGAAGAACCAGACAAGCUCCUUAUCCAGAUGAAUGAUAUAAUCACAGUCAUCGAGGGCAGGGCGGAGAACUACUGGUGGCGGGGCCAGAAUAAGCGAACGCUGAAAGUGGGCCAAUUCCCACGCAACACAGUGACCUCGGUGGCAGGGCUGUCUGCCCACGACAUCAGCCAGCCUCUCAAGAACAGCUUCAUCCAUACGGGCCAUGGCGACACCAACCCGCAGCAAAGCUGGGGCUUUCCUGACAAGAUUGAUGACUUGUACCUGGGAAAUCCCAUGGACCCCCCAGAUGUCCUAGGAUUGGAUUUGAACCCUGCUAGGCCUACUCAGCUGCCAGGAAGGACAAAAAGAGAGCCACCACCUCGGCCGCCCCAGCCCUCGAUACUUCUGAAGCAGCCCUUGUACGACCCAGUGAGCGAGGAGGAGAACGCUCUGGCCAUCAGUCUCAAGCAACUCUGCCUGAAAAAGAAAUCCGGACCUGCAAGCGGAGGGCUGCGGGUUGGAAAGCCCUCCGCCUGUGUCUCGGGCACCAAGGUGGGCGAGAGGCUGCUCCUGCCGCGCUCCAAAGGGGGCGGCCCGCCUGCCAACGAGGUGACGCUAAUAGACUUUGGGGACGAGCCUGUUCCCACCACCCCGUCACCCGUAGGGGAGUUCUGCGCCCCCUCCCUGGCCAGGCUGGCCAUGCAGGCCUUCUCCCUGUUGGACAAGACACCUCCUCAGAGUCCCACCCAAGCGUUGCCCCGUCCCCUCCACCCGACUCCCAUCGUGGACUGGGAUGCCCGCCCCCUGCCUCUGCCGCCCGCCUACGACGACGUCGCCCAGGACGAGGAAGACUUGGAGGUGUGCUCCAUCAAUAGCGCUGAAGGGCUGGUGGGGCGGCCGCAGGGCAGAAGCUGGGAGACGGGUGAAGUUAACUGUGGCUUCGCCUCGGAGGGAGACCGCCCGGCUCCCCCGCUGGAGGACAACCUCUUCCUGCCCCCCAAGGAGACCAAGCAGCCGAGUCCUGCCCAGACCACGGAGAUCUUCCAGGAGCUGCAGCAAGAGUGCAUGAAGCGCCUCAAUGUCCCCUUGGGCGUCCCUUCCGUGGCCACCCCCCCCAGCCCCGGGGAGGACAAGCCGCAGAUCCCCCCUCGGGUGCCCAUCCUGCCCCUCCCUUCCCGUAGGAACGAGCACGGCCGCUGGUCUGGAGAACCGUCCCCGGCAUCUGGAGGGGAAGAAGACCGUCCACCCCAGAUCCCUCCGCGAGACCGCUUGUCCCAGCCCGGAUCCAGGACUCCCAGUCCGAGGGCGCUGCAGGGCGGAUCUCCACAGCCGAGGGCCGGCCUUUGUUCCCCGCUUUCUCUGGGCAUGUUCCUGUCCACGUCCCCCGGGAAGCAGCCCAUGCCCACAACCCAGAGCUUCGCUUUGGAUCCCAAAUAUGCCGCCCCCAAGGUAAUCCAGGCCCAAGGGAAAGAGAGCGCCAAGGGACCCUGCAUCCUGCCCAUCGUCAAGGAUGGCCGGAAAGUCAGCAACACCCACUACUAUCUGCUCCCGGAGCGCCCCCCGUACCUGGACAAGUAUGAGAAGUUUUUCAAGGAGAUUAAGAACCCGGAUGAAGCUGGGCCGCCGAGCCGAGCAGUCACCACCGCAACCGUGCGGCCCAUGAUCCAGCAACAGCCGGACUACAAAGCCAACUUCUCUUCCAACAACAGCAACAGUGCCGUCAAGGCCACCUGCAGCCUCCAGAAGAUCAUCUACGAUGGCUCCGAAGGGCCGCGGCCGUCAGAUAAGAUACGACUGGUGCAGGAGACCGUGCACGGCGUCACCACGGAGGAGUGUCAAGCCGCUCUGCAGAAUCACAGCUGGAACGUGCAGAAGGCUGUCCAGUAUCUGAAGGUUGAGCAGCUCUUUUGCCUGGGACUGAAGACUCGGCUGGAGUGUCACAAAGUUCUGGAGACGUUCAACUGGAACUUGGAGCAGGCCAGUUCUCACCUGCUGGACCCCUACAGUGCUUCCCAACACAAACGGUGAAGGUGUUUGUCCUCCCAAACUGUUGACCCUUUGGGGAUGCCCAGAAUUGAGGACCCUCCUCUUCCAAUACUAUUGGACCAAGAGUCCCUUUCGAGACGGUGGAUGACGGAUCCCAGAGAAGCAACCCUGCAGCCAGGACUGCUGUGGACAGCCAGUGUGACCCCCCCACCUCGCCUCCCUCUCAGCCGGUGACGGUGCCCUCAGGCUGAGUUGCUUGUGUUCUCCUGAGCUCCUGCUUCUGGCUGUUAUUCAUGUCGCUGGAUUUCUUUUGUAAAGAGAAGUGUUACGUUAAUAUAUAAAUACUCUGUUCUAUUUUGGAAAAAAAGGA